AUGCCAGAUGAGACGUAUGAAGCAAACGUUGUUUCUAAAGAGCAGGUAUGGCAACAAUACUUCGACGGUGCAUCUAGGACAAGUCCUACCGGUCGAGUUAUAGCCGGAGUGGGGGUUGUCUUUAUCUCCUCCCAAAAUCAUGUACUCUCACGCAUCGUUUCUUUAACAGAGUCGUGCUCUAAUAAUGUGGCCAAAUAUAAUGCUUUGUUGGUUGGUCUAGAUAUAGCUAAACAGCUGGGGGUAAAACACCUAGAAGCGUAUGGCAAUUCUCAACUCAUUGUUAAUCAAAUGAAGGGAGAAUAUGAGGUUAGGAAUGAAGACAUCAUUCCUUACCAUAUUGCAACAAUCACAUUGGCUGAUUCUUUUGAGGGCUUCUACAUCGACUACGUACCCCGUCUCAAGAAUACCUAUGUUGAUGCAUUGGCGUCACUUGCGGCUACCUUAGCUCUACCUGAAGGAGCUACCCAGCAAGUCACAGUGACAAACAGACAAUUAUUCAAAUUGAAGUAUACAUUCUAG